AUGUCAAAUAAUUUAAUUAUUAAAAAAAACAUUUCCGUUGUAUUAAAAUUUAAAAGUUUUAUCAUACGCUCAUAUGCUGAUUUGGCUUACAAUACAAAAACAAAUGAAAAAACCAAUGUUACUAAUGAUAAUAAUCAAACUUAUGAAAGUGUCAUUACUUCUGUAAAACCUGGAAUAAAUUCCACCACUCAAUGGACAAAACAUCACCCUAUACCAGAUCCAAAAUUCGAAGUUGUGUCUCCAGGUACUUUGGGUGCUUUACUUUUGGUUAAAAUUCCACCAAGGUCAGAGAUAUUUGCAUUUCCUGGAGCUGCCAUAUCUGUAUCAAGCAAAAUACACGUGGAACGUACAACUGAAGGAAAUAUAUUAAUUGCUUUAGGUAGAAAAUUUGCUGGUGGAUCUUUAAUCUAUCAUAAAUUCUCAACAGGUCCUGACCCUGGUGAUGUGAUCUUAAGUCCAAAAAAUUUAUCUGAUAUCGCAAAGAUUGAAAUGGAUGGCGAUUCGGAAUAUUAUGUUCGUAAAAAUGCUUUUCUUGCAAGAGGUCCAAGAGUUUCAAUUAAUAUUGGUCAUAUUCGUGGAAUGGGGGCAUUGAAUGCAUUUGCAUACCGUGUUACUGGUAGAGGUACACUAGUAAUUUCAAAUUAUGGAACCAUUCAUAAAUUAGUAUUGAAUCCUGAUGAUGAUUAUUUGGCAUCUUCAUCAUUCCUAGAUUCAAUUAAAAGCAGUCCAACAAUAAGGCCUAUGUUAAAUAGAAUUUGUAAAUUUUCUGUUGCAACGAGAAAAUGGGCUUUUGGUGGUCCAGAAUUUCUAAAAUUAACGGGACCAGGAGAUUUUUAUUUAUCAAGUAGAAUUGAGCCGGUUCUUGGAGGUUUUAAGUUGUAA